AGCGUGUUCGAGUGUUCGGCUAAUGUAGUUGUAGUUUGUUAAUCACUGUGUAAUUUACCGAACACGCUUGCUUGACAUAACCUAAAUCGUAAAUUUGGUAUAGUUGAUGGUUAGAGUCAAAUUAGUUCCAUCGGUUAAGGAAGCUAAAGUUUGAAAAGGAUUAUGAUGAAGAAGUGACUCCUGUAUACUUUAAGAAAAACAUUAUUGAAGCUGUAAACGAAUUAUUUGGGGAAGUCGGUUCAACAGUUUCUAUUGACGUACUGAAGUUUAAUCAUAUAGAUAAACGAGGAAUUCUGCGAGUACCAAAUUCGCAGUACGUUAAGUUGAGAAGUAGCUUGACUCUUUCUGCCCGACACGAGACUAAUAUCUGUCGUUAUAUCAUUCAUAAAGCUUCUCCUUCACUACUAGCACUCCAAGCUGAUAGCCGAGAAUAUCGACACUGAAAAUAAAAUGUCUCAUUGUCGAAAAGUAGGUCCAAACAACAAAGAUAUUCUUAUAUUUGCAACUAAAGAAGAUCAUCAGGUUCCUAGCAAAGUUAAACUUCCUGAUCCAGAUCCUCAACCUGGUUUAAUUUUACCAAAUGGAGAUAUUAAUUGGAAUUGCCCGUGUCUAGGAGGAAUGGCUACGGGACCGUGCGGUGUUGAAUUUCGAAAUGCUUUCAGCUGUUUUCACUAUUCUGAAGCUGAACCAAAAGGUAGUGACUGUUACGAUCUCUUCAAGGGGAUGCAAAACUGUAUGCAGCGUUAUCCAACCUUGUAUAAUAAAGACCUAGGAGAUGAUGACGAGCUGAAUGGGAUGAGUCAAGUGGAGACCAAUGCCAAAGAUGAGAAAAAUGAACCUCAAUCAGCUUCAAAAUAAUAUGAAAUUAGUUAUUUAUUAGUAAUUUUUCUGUAGGUGAAAAUGUUUUUCAGUUGUAUCUCUAUUGUAUGUUUUGAAAAUUAGGUGAUGAAGACAGUAUGGGUGAAAUAAAUUGAUCACAUGAAA